GUAAGGGAGGAGGGAGCCGGAGAGCGCGCGUUGCCUGAGCCGGCUCGAGAGCGGCCGAGCCGAGUGUGGGGCGUCGGCGCGAUGGCUCCGGCUGUGGACCGCAAAGGCUAUUGGGGCCCCACGACCUCCACAUUGGACUGGUGUGAGGAGAACUAUGCGGUGACCUUGUUCGUCGCUGAGUUCUGGAAUACAGUGAGUAACCUGAUUAUGAUCAUACCUCCAAUUUUUGGUGCAAUUCAAGGCUUUAGAGAUAGACUGGAGAAACGGUACAUUGCUGCUUACUUAGCACUCACAGUGGUAGGAAUGGGAUCCUGGUGUUUCCACAUGACUCUGAAAUAUGAAAUGCAGCUGUUGGAUGAGCUCCCCAUGAUUUACAGUUGCUGCAUAUUUGUAUACUGCAUGUUUGAGUGUUUCAAGACAAAGAGCUCAAUAAACUACCAUCUUCUUUUUACCCUGGUUCUAUUCAGUUUAAUAGUAACCACGAUUUACCUAAAAGUAAAAGAGCCUAUAUUCCAUCAGGUCAUGUAUGGAAUGUUGGUCUUUGCAUUAGUACUCCGUUCUAUUUAUAUUGUUACAUGGGUUUAUCCGUGGCUCAGAGGACUAGGUUAUACAUCCUUGACUGUCUUCUUAUUGGGAUUUUUAUUGUGGAAUGUAGAUAACAUCUUUUGUGAUUCACUGAGGAACUUUCGAAAGACAGUGCCCCCUAUCCUAGGUGUUGCAACGCAGUUUCAUGCAUGGUGGCAUAUUCUAACUGGCCUGGGCUCUUAUCUCCACAUCCUUUUCAGUUUAUAUACAAGAACACUUUACCUGAGGUACAGGCCAAAAGUGAAGUUUCUCUUUGGAAUCUGGCCCAUGGUCAUGUUUGAACCUCAGAGGAAGCACUGAUGAAUUAAUUAUUCUACCAAGAAAACAAAAAGCACUUACUGUAUGUAGUUCUGGCAAGAUGGUCAAGAAAUCUCCAAAGACUUGCGCAUUCGAAGACACCAUGCCCAUCACAAGAGAUGAAUGACUCAGUCACAGAGAAUGGGCGAUUGGUCUGUUGGGUGUUUAGCUCCUGGCUUUAUCUCGUUUGUCCUGGACCUAAGAUGCUUAGAGAGAAACAGAUAGUGUAUAUUUAUAUUCUGGAAUGGUGGAGAAGUUGGACUUUUCUUAACAGGUUAACAGUUUGUGCUGGUCAUUCAUGGAAAAUUAAUAUUUUUUCUUUUCUUUUUUCUAUUUUUUUAUGAGUUGCAUGUUAAUUGUACCUUUAUUAAUUUUUGAUUAAAUAUUGAACAGAGUCAUUAAGUACUGGCAAGAUCCCAUAUCCAGAUGGUCGACUGUGAGCCAGCACUUAGCCGUGUCAACUUUGACUCACAUUAUCACAUUAACUUCGCAGAUGACUUUCCAGUAAUAAAAAGAAAAGGUGUGGGACUCUAGGUAGCUCCUCGCUAUCUGCCUUGGUGCUAGCUGGAGUCUUGUAAGCAAACUCUGACCUGCCAGUGAGUAGGCUCUGUUCUCAUCACAUCCAAGAAUUUGUCUUGGGCUCUGUGGCCCACUGCCAUUCGAAGGGAUGGGCCAUCUAACACCCCUUCAGAAGUUUUCCCACAGCACCAGUUAAAGGCUGCUGUUUUGCUUUCUUUAAUCUUCAACUUAUUAUUAUUGUUGUGUCUAGCUAAUUGAACUGGUAAUCUUAUGACAGCACAGUUUAAUUGACUUUAUCAGGGAAAGUUGUAUGUUUUUUACUCUUUGCAUUAUGCAGUAUGCAUAGUGAAGCAAAUAGUUCUACUUUGGAUUUGAGUGCAUAUGAAAUUGAAUUGAUUGUCACCAACAGUAAAUGAAAGAUCACAUGUUAUGUCUGUUGAUUGCAUCCUGAACUAUGGCUUCAAAAGAAAAGUAGGGGUUUUUCUCAUGUAAAAUGGGUUUUAAAAAAUUCUCAUCCUUUCAAUAUUCACUAACUAACUUUACCCUGGCAGGGUGAUGCACACCUUUAAUCCCAGCACUUCAAAGGCAGAGAUGAGCAGAUCUCUGUGAGUUUAAGGCCAGCCUGGCCUACAUAGUUCCAGGACAGGCAGGGAUACAUAGUGAAACUAUUUCCAAAAAAAGUGUUUGGUUCAUUAGGUAGCCUUGGUAUAUUUAUAAAACCUUCACCCUCUGGCCUUAGUGUUUUAAAGCCCAAGUACCAGUUUCCUUCCUUUACAUCUCAGAUGGCAUUAAACAAACAUGCCUUUAUAAAAGCAAGACAUGCCAACACAUAAACCUAAGUAAGAGAACCUUAGUUGUCUUUUGAUUAUAGGCGUGGAUCAGGGUCUAGAGCACAUCAACUGAGUUUCCCAGUUUCUUGUGUUCUGGAACAAGAACUGGACCAGGGACACAUGGAUGGUGAUGACAAUAGAGACCUUUUGUUAGAAAGAAAGAAAAAUACGCCCCAGAAUGAGAGUGUGCCCAAGGACUAGGAAAGUCUAAGUCUGAAAAGCCUUGGACCAAGGUCUCUGCUCUUUAUAGGACCUCCAUCUUUUCUAGCAAGUAGGGAAGGCAGGGCUUUGUUUUUAAAGCAUGCAGUUUUGUUAUGCAUAGAUCUGUUGGAGAGGUUUCCAGUCUUCCUUUGGGAUUGGUUUUUGUUUAUUUGCCUCUAGAAUUUCCUAUUCUUCUACCUCACUCUACCCCAUCCUCAGAGCUGUGGUUCCAAAAAUCCCUUUGAGGUACUAAAGGAUGAUAAUCUGUUUUGUAUAAUUUCCAUGUUAAUGAGGGAUGUAGUCUUUGCCAAAGAGAGACCGAAGCUCAACUCCUAUUUUAUCCAGUGGUUGGAGAGGAGGCUUUGGAGUUUUUGUUUUGGGAGUUGGCUUAAAUCCUUGUAUCAUAAUGAUAAAUUGUACAUGGUUUCUUAAAAAUGUAAGAAUUUUGGCAUGGUUUAGCAUUUAAGAGCACCAAUUGCGGGGUUGGAGAUUUAGCUCAGUGGUAGAGCGCUUGCCUAGCGAGCGCUUGCCUAGCAAGCGCAAGGCCCUGGGUUCGGUCCCCAGCUCCGAAAAAAAAAGAAAAGAAAAAAAAAAAAAAGAGCACCAAUUGCCCUUGCAGGAACCUUGAGUCUGAUUCUUAGCACCUACAUGGUAGCUCACAACCAUCCGAAACUGUAGCUUCUAAGGAUGUCACAACUUUUUCUGACAUACGCAGGCACCAGACAUGCACACGAUACACAUACAGAUGUAAGAAAAACAUCCAUAUACCUAAAAUAAAUACAUUUUUUAAAAAAUUGUCAAUGCAAGAAUAAUAUGAUUAUUUCAACCAUUAGUCCCAGAAAGGACCAGAGUCAGGCAACCCAUAGCUAUGCUUAUGUAGAUAUGGUCCUUUAGACUGUUAAAACAAGAACCCAAACAAAACAAAAUCCACAAACAAAAACCAAACUGAUUAUGGCAAGAUACAAAAAGAACAAUUUGUAGAAAAAAAAUGCAGUACUGGAAUCUAUUAAGGAGAAGGAAGUGUGGGAUUGUGACCAUAGAGUACCAACAGUGCCAAAAGAAAAAAUGGAAAACCAAAGCAUACGGUUAUAAGUACUGAUAGUUACUUUGCCUUUAAGAAGUUAAAGCAUCCUGUUAUUGUCUAAAGAGAUCCUUUAAAUCCUUCAGCCUUUUAAUGUAGGUAGCCUGUCUUUAAGAUAUUCUUGAGACUAUGGACUUGGGUCUGUGGACACUGGUGCACCUCCUUAGAAGGACCUCCAACAGGUUUAUAUCCUGUCUCCAAACAGCUAGUGUCCUUCUUUAGCCAACUAGUAUCCUGUCAGAACAGUAUAUUGUCUCUGCCCAGGAUCUCAGAGAAAUAAGAUUUUAGCAAUGUGCUAAGUUGUAACCAAAAUAAGGAAGACUUUUCCUUUUUGGUAAGACUUCAUAGUAAGUCCUUUUUUAUUACAUACAGAGUAAGUAUAACCAGUUUGAUGUUACUGCUUGAUGGUAUUGUAAAUUCCUAUAAUUUUCAUUAUGGAAAAGAAGUUCAACUUAAAGAUCUUUGGCAAAUAUAACCACCAUUCUAGAUGUAUCUCGGCUUUACCAGAAAUCUUAUCUCCAUCACUUGUACACAGGAACACUACUAUAAAAGGAAUCAGUCCAACAGAAGAAUUCUUAACACAACAUUCAGAGCAUUGGAUCAACAUAAAGCAUUUUGAUGCUGUUUUAUUUUUGUUACCCUUGACUUUGAAAAAAUGAAAUAAAAUUUUAAUCUUUCACAGAA